AGAGAAUUGGAAGGUGUGAUGAAUGCCGAGGAAUUUGGCUACUUUUUUAUUUAUUUAUUUAAUAUAAUUUAAUUGUUUGUUGCUUUGAUUGCUUUGCUGUUUUUAUUUUAAGCUUUUGAUCGAUAAUUAUCCUCUCCAUCCGAAAGUAUACCCAGAGUAUACAUACAUACUUCAACUUCAACACAAUCAAUACAGCCAAUUCAAUACAGUUACGGUGACAGUAACAUCAGAGCUUCAGAAACUACCUGCCACCCAUAGAAGGAAGAAGAAACCUUGAAACUUUCAUUUGGAUUAUUCGAACUAUUUGGACUUGGACGAUUGGACGGCCAACCAGCUAUCUAGAGUUACACUUUUGCUACUCUCUCCCUACUCUUUUCCGAGCAAUACAGAGUACGAAAUACAAAGUACGAAAGAUAAAUUGAUUUCAGGAGACAAGACAGAAUCGAUCAGCAUACAUUACAUACCUUCAUUACAUACAUCUAACGUUACUUGUUCCCUACUCCGUCCCACCUACUGCUCUCCUAGCGACUUGUUUUCGUUGUCCCUUUUUCGGUUGGGUGAAUUACAAGAAUCUUGGCCCCUCGUUUCUACCACCACUAACCUUGGAACUUCUUUCACCAUGGUUCGAAUCCCAAUCCCCAAACGCCUCAAAACUUACACCAAAUCCGCCUCUCGAACUCCCAGCCCAACUGCAAACUCCAACAACUCCAACAACAACAACAACUCCAACAACUCCAACAAUAACCAUAAUAAUAACAAUAUGAAGAAUAAAACUACCGGAAGAGAUUCAAGUCCGGAUGGGAAUGGUGCCAAAGCCAAUGGUUUGAUAUUGAAAGUUGAGGUUCUUAAGGUAUGGAUGGAUGAUUGGGAGUCCACUUUUUGUUUUCCAGUUCAUGCGAGCUGGGAAUGAACUCUCCAGAUCUUCAAAUGUUGAUUCUGAUGAUGUGUUCAAUGAAUGACGAUACAUAUACUGACAAAUUAUUUUUCAAUAGGCUAGAAAUUUGGCUGCAAAGGAUAAGAGCGGGACCUCUGAUCCUGUGAGUACAUAUCUGUUGUUUACGAGCUGAAGAGCAUGCAAGCUGACAUGCAGAUUGUAGUAUCUCGUACUCACACUCGGAGACGCAAAGAGCACGACCCAUACGAUACAGAAAACUUUGAAUCCAGAAUGGAAUGUGAUUUUACAAUUACCGAUUACUGGCCCAAACUCUCUACUUCUUGAUUGCGUUUGUUGGGAUAAGGAUAGAUUUGGGAAGGAUUACCUGGGCGAAUUCGACCUUGCACUAGAAGAUAUAUUCUCCAACGAUUGUCACGAACAAAAUCCAGCAUGGUACCCUCUGCGGAGCAAAAGACCUGGUGGAAAGAAGGAUAGUAAUGUUUCCGGCGAUGUCAUGCUUCAAUUCACUUUAUGCGAUGUCACGAAUCAUGCUGCAACAUCUGCCCAGAUUCUAGAGAAAUUCAGGAGUUUGGUGGGAGUGGAGAGUCCCGGCAUGGUGACACCUUUACCAGAACCAGACCCAGGCACCCCCGGCACGGAAAUAACAGAGGAUGAUUAUUUUGAUGAGGGCACCGAGCCUAGUGACGAAACCGAUGAUCCGUCCAAACCAGAGAAUGUCGAGAAACGACGAAAGAGAUUGCGACUUAGGGGAUUAAGGAAGAAGAAACACUUAAAUGCAUAUGAGUUCUCUGGUGAAAGCGAUGUUGUUGGAAUUGUUUUCUUGGAAAUCGGCAAGGUUACAGACCUUCCUCCGGAACGAAAUGUGACAAGAACAUCAUUCGAUAUGGAUCCUUUCGUCGUUGCAUCUUUGGGAAAGAAAACAUACAGAACAAGGGUUAUUCGGCAUAAUUUGAAUCCAGUCUUCAAUGAGAAGAUGAUCUUCCAGGUUCUCAGGCAUGAGCAAACAUAUUCUCUUGCGUUCACAGUUAUCGAUAGAGAUAAGUUAUCUGGAAAUGACUUUAUUGCUUCGGCCGUUUUACCAGUUAAGGAUAUUACCGACACUGCUCCAGAAGCUGAUCCAGAAACCGGUCUUUACGCCGUGAGAGAUCCUCCUGUUGUGAGUAAUUUGGCGGCACAACAACCUCACGCCAAAGGUUCCCGUUUUAAAUUGCCAAUGUCGAGAUCUACAUCCUCACAAAGUCUAAAUAAGUUGGGACGUCCAAUUUUGAAGAAGGAAACUUCAAAUCAGAGUACAAGUAAUGGAGCUGUGUCCGGUAAAAAUACGCCCACUCUCGCUCCUACUAGUGCUCCACCGAUCAACCCAGCAGGCCUUUCUCCUAGUGAUGCUAUAUUACCGCCUCCAGUUGUUGAUGCAGAAGAAUCAUGCGAGCAAUCUGGAGAUCCUGAUUUACAUUCAUUCGAGGUUCCUCUAAAACUCAAAAAUGCCGAAAAGUGGGAAGAGAAACAUAGUCCAGUCUUGUAUAUCAACGCUAAAUAUGCACCUUACCCAGCUUUACGCCAGCAAUUCUGGAGAGCCAUGCUCAAACAAUACGAUAGUGACGAGAGUGGGUCUAUCAGUAAGGUGGAGCUCACGACUAUGUUGGAUACCCUCGGCUCGACUUUGAAAGAGUCCACUAUUGAUGGAUUCUUCAAGCGCUUCCAGUCGCCAAAUGCUGAUGGGCAGUGGUCAGAGUUGACCGUUGAUCAAGCUGUUAUCUGUUUAGAGGAUCAAUUACAGCAAAAGCAGUCGCCGAAGGAGAGUCACCUCGUGGAUAAGAUGAAGAAUUUGAUGCCCGAUACUCCACCAGUCAAACCGGCUACGUCUAAUCCAUCAGAAGCUACAUUAAAUCAAUCCCAAUCCGAGUACUCUGAUACUCAAUUCCCAUCAACAAAUUCCGUCGAUCAGUUGGGCACUCCUGGUGAAGAGGGAGAAAUGUUAGACUCAGAUGAUCUCAAUAAUGAGUCUGAGGAGCACGUGGUUGAGAUUAGAGAAUGCCCAAUUUGUCAUCAACCUCGUCUUGAUAAACGUUCUGAUGCUGAUAUCAUUACUCAUAUUGCUACCUGUGCUAGUCAAGAUUGGCGUCAAGUCGAUAAUCUUGUCAUGGCUGGAUUCGUCACAUCUAGUCAAGCUCAGCGUAAAUGGUAUUCUAAGGUCAUCACAAAGAUCUCGUAUGGUGGUUACAAACUUGGUGCGAACUCCGCCAAUAUUCUCGUACAAGAUCGUAUCACUGGACAAAUUAAUGAAGAGAGAAUGAGUGUUUACGUUCGUUUGGGAAUUAGACUGCUAUAUAAAGGAUUAAAAUCUAAAGAGAUGGAAAAGAAGAGAAGUAUGCUUGGAAUUUAUUAUAUAUUUAGUGAGAAGCCUAGUAGAACAAUUGCUAAUUUAAAUCCAGUUCGCAAGCUUCUUAAAGGCUUGAGUAUCAAACAGGGUAUCAAGUAUGAUGAUCCUGCUUCAGCAGCGGAAAUUCAAAAGUUCAUCAAUUUCCAUCGACUGGAUAUGAGUGAAGUUUUGCUUCCAUUGGAGCAAUUUAAGACUUUUAAUGAAUUCUUUUAUCGUCAACUCAAGCCAGGUGCACGACCAUGUUCAGCACCAGAUAAUCCUCGUAUCAUUGUUUCACCUGCCGAUUGUAGAUCAGUUGUCUUCAAUAGAAUGGAUGAAGCUACCAAGAUUUGGGUUAAAGGUCGCGAAUUUUCCAUUGAUAGACUUCUCGGUAAUGCAUAUCCAGAGGAUGCAAAACGAUACACAAAUGGUUCUUUGGGUGUCUUUCGUCUUGCUCCACAAGAUUAUCAUCGGUUCCAUAUUCCAGUUGAUGGUAUUAUGGGUACUCCAAAAACCAUUGAAGGAGAAUAUUAUACUGUCAAUCCGAUGGCUAUUCGAUCUGCACUUGAUGUGUAUGGAGAGAAUGUUCGUGUUGUCAUUCCUAUUGAUUCUUUAGAACAUGGGAGAGUCAUGGUUAUUUGUGUAGGUGCCAUGAUGGUUGGAAGUACAGUUAUCACCCGUAAAGCAGGUGAAAAUGUUAAACGUGCUGAAGAACUCGGAUACUUCAAAUUUGGUGGUAGUACUAUUCUACUCUUGUUUGAAGAAGUUGCUAUGAGAUAUGAUGAUGAUUUGGUGGGGAAUUCUAGUCAAGCAUUGGAGACUUUGGUAAGUUACAAUAUGUUCUUGCGGAAAUUUAGAGGUGAAUACUAAUGGUUGAUAAAUAGAUUCGUGUUGGUAUGUCAAUUGGUCAUCAUCCAACUCAAGGUCAACAUACACCAGAUAUGCGUAAGAAUGAAGAAGAUAUUACGGAAUCUGAAAAGGCAGAGGCAAAGAGGAGAAUUGAGGGUAGUAUUUCAACUCAAGGUGGACAUAUACCGGGGAUACCACCGAAAAGUAGUUUAGCAGGGUAGAUUGAGGCUGGAAAGGGGUGAAAGUGAUGAACUGGGCGUGAUAGAAGUGAAAGAGAAGUGAAAGAGAAGUGAAAGAGAAGUGAAAGAGAAGCGCGGGGCAGUGAGGUGCGGAAAUGAAAUGAAAUAUUUAUUAAAUUCGACAUUGAAGUGCUCAGUCGAGUUUAGAAUUUCGUAAAGAUGGCGUUUCUUGAUAUUGCUGGACUUUGUCAGGCUAACGGUGGAGGAUUGAUUUGCAUGGAAUGUUAGAUAUAAAUGCUUGGAUGGUUUUGGUGGGGAAGCUGGGCUGAACUGAGCUGAGCUGGUCUGGUCUGGGUUGUGCUGACUGGGCUGGAAUAUCAUAUAGAUGAUUAUGUGGGAUGAGGUUGGGAUGGGGAUAGGAUAGGGUGGGAUGGAUGGAUGGAAUACGGAUGGAUUGGGUGGGAAUAGGAUGGGAGUAUCAAAAUAUAAGAUUAUAAUCGCUGCGAUGUUUUAUAGGAAUAGGAUAUACAUGGUGGGUGGGAGGGAAGGAGAGAUGGGGGGAGGCAGGAAGGAAUUGAGGGAGGGAGGGAAUGAAAGG